CGGGGCGGAACUUUGUUGUGGCGGUGAGGAACAGGAAGCCCUGAAGGGUCAGAAGAAAUAUAAAAGCAGAGGCUGUUUUCUUUCGGUUUUUUUUUUUCUUUUUCGUAAAGAGCGAGCGGCCUUUGCGGUGGCGGUUUGGGGUGGGCGCCGCCGAGGUGAGGGGGUCUCGCCUCCCGCACGCUGGUAGACUUCUUGUUCCAUUAUGGAUGGAGGGGAUGAUGGUAACCUUGUUAUCAAAAAGAGGUUUGUAUCUGAGGCAGAACUAGAUGAACGGCGCAAAAGGAGGCAAGAAGAAUGGGAGAAAGUUCGAAAACCUGAAGAUCCAGAAGAAUGCCCAGAGGAGGUUUAUGACCCUCGCUCUCUAUAUGAAAGGCUACAGGAACAGAAGGACAGGAAGCAGCAGGAGUAUGAGGAACAGUUCAAAUUCAAAAACAUGGUAAGAGGCUUAGAUGAAGAUGAGACCAACUUCCUUGAUGAGGUUUCUCGGCAGCAGGAGCUAAUAGAAAAGCAGCGAAGAGAAGAAGAGCUGAAAGAACUGAAGGAAUACAGAAGUAAUCUCAACAAGGUUGGAAUUUCUCCAGAAAACAAGAAAGAAGUGGAGAAGAAAGUAGCUGUGAAACCCAUAGAAACCAAGAACAAGUUCUCCCAGGCAAAACUGUUGGCAGGAGCUGUGAAACAUAAGAGUUCAGAGAGUGGCAACAGUGUGAAAAGACUGAAAUCGGACCCUGACCCAGAUGACAAGAAUCAAGAAGCCUCGUCGUGCGUGUCUCUUGGAAGCACAUCACUGAGCGGUCCCUCCAUCCACUGCCCCUCCGCUGCCGUCUGUAUUGGCAUCCUCCCAGGCUUGGGCGCCUACUCCGGGAGCAGCGACUCUGAGUCCAGCUCAGACAGCGAGGGCACCAUCAACGCCACCGGCAAGAUCGUCUCCUCCAUCUUCCGAACCAAUACCUUCCUCGAGGCCCCCUAGGUCCUCUGUCUUUACCACAGGGAGCUCCUCCCCGCAAGUAGACCGGACAGUUUAUUCUGCCUACAGGCAUUAGUGGCCUCAGAAAACUCCUUUGCCUGCUCCCUGUUGACACCAUGAUGUUUUUAACCUCAUCUAAACAUGUGCCAGAAUCUACUUGUGGCGCAACUUGUGUUUGGUUUCUUUCUACUCUAGUACAGAUGCCCAAACCUGUCUUGUGGCCUCUGCCCUCACUGAUGUUGUAAGGCAGAGGUCACUACCCAGCAGAAACUCCACUAAAAAUGCCCUGGGAAGAUAAGCACCAGUUGGCUUGCAAAGGG